AUGACUUCUCAGCUCAAGUAUCACAAACUACAGGGCAAGCAUGUCUUCAUCAUUGGCGGCUCAUCUGGCAUCGGAUACGCCAUCGCAGAGGCAUCCAUUGAGUCCGGCGCGGUUGUUACUAUCUCCUCUUCACGUCAGGCGAAGCUGGACGCCUCUGUCUCCAGCCUGCAGUCCAGCUAUCCCGGCGCCAAAGUCGCGGGUAUUGCAGCCGAUCUCAGCAGAACAACCGUAGACGACGACUUUGACAGCUUGUUCAAGGCAGCCACCGCCCGCUCCGGUCAGAUUCAUCAUGUAGUCUACACAGCAGCGGACCCGCUUUCCCUGGGGCCGCUGGAGGAGACAACUACCGAGGGUGUCCUUAAGGCGGCACACCUGCGUAUGGUUGCUCCUAUAAUGCUCGGAAAGGUCGCGCCACACAAGGGCUGGGCCGUGAUAACGUACUUUGCUGCGGGACUACAUGGCUUGACCAAGGCGUUAGCAACAGAUCUCGCGCCUCUACGGGUGAAUUGCGUGGCGCCGGGCUUUGUGGAUACGUCACUAUGGGACAGCAUGGGCGAGGAGGCCAAGCGGGCCUUGCUAGAUAGGAUCAGGGGUGAGAUGCCUCUCGGGCGAAUUGGUAAGGCUGAAGAUGUUGCGGAGGCCUAUCUCUGGUUAAUGAAGGACUCCAAUGUCACGGGAACUGUGGCCAGCACCAAUAGUGGGCAGUUUCUCAAGGCUUGA